AUGGCGGCACUCAACUCUGCCCGGGGCAAGAAGUGCAUCAACAACGACGCGCUCUUGACGAAGCGCGACAUUUCGAUCGAUGACGUGACGACCAACCCGAUCGCGGUCGGGUACCUCCUCGACUUUUGCCAAAAGAACCUCUGCGCCGAGAACCUGAACUUUGUCAUGGCCGUCGACAAGUACAAGGACCGGUGCGAGCUGCUCAACUUUGACGACGAGGAAGACGUCAAGAAAUGCGGCGCGAUGGCGGCGACGAUCUGGAAAGACUUUCUCUCGCGCAACUCGCCCAACGAAGUGAGUCUUCCGAGCGAGGACCGGCAAAUCACGAUCGAGCGCAUGGACAAGAUCACAAAGUUCAAAGGCAAACUCUUCGACGUUGCGAUCCAAGACGCGAUGAAGACGCUCCAGAAGGAUACGCUCAACCGCUUCAUCAAGUCGAUCCAGUUCUCGGAGCUCAUUACGCGCCUCUCGGAAUCGCCCGAGUCGUUUGAAGAGUACGUGCUCGUGCCGCCCACGGACGUGCUCGUCAAAGUCGCGACCAUCGACACGGCUGAGUUUACGAUCGACGAAAUCCUCGCCGACAUGUACCUCUUCCCCGAAAUGCACGCAUACCUGCAGAAGAAGUUCAACGCCGAGAACCUCAAGUGCGUACGUGCCAUCAUCAUCUUUGAGGAACUCGCCAAGACGAAGAACAUGGAGGCGAUCAAGAACAAGGCGUGGAGUAUCUUCCGCAACUUUGUCAUGCCAUCGGCCCCGUACGAGAUCUCGUGCACGAACGCGGCGCGCAAGAACGUCAUGCAGUGUCUCGGGUGCCCGCUUGAAAAAAUGUUUGACGACGUCAAAGAGUCGACAAUCGCGACGCUCAAGCAAGACCUCAAGAGCUUUCACCAAUCGCUGGACCGCAAGUCGAUCAAAGACGCGCUCAAGAAGGCCGAGAAGGCUGGGAAGGCGGCAUCAUGCAGUCGCUCACAAGCCGCUUCGCGCGCAAGUAGUCGCGUACACACUGUGCUCAUGUCGCCGCAAGGUCGUCCCUUCACACGGCCACGAUCGCCCACGUCGACGCAUCGCCAACGAGUACUCUAG